CGGCCGGCCGCGUAAGUUCCGAUUCCGGCGCUCUAGCUCCCUCUUCUACGCCUCCAAGAUGGCGCAACAAGACCAGGGUGAGAAGGAGAACCCCAUGCGGGAGCUGCGCAUCCGCAAACUCUGCCUGAACAUCUGCGUCGGGGAGAGUGGAGACAGGCUCACCCGAGCAGCCAAAGUGCUGGAGCAGCUCACCGGCCAGACUCCUGUGUUCUCCAAAGCUCGAUACACGGUCAGAUCAUUUGGGAUCAGGAGAAAUGAGAAGAUUGCCGUUCACUGCACCGUACGUGGGGCCAAAGCUGAGGAGAUCUUGGAGAAAGGGUUGAAGGUGCGGGAAUAUGAGCUGAGAAAGAAUAACUUCUCCGACACGGGCAACUUUGGCUUUGGAAUCCAGGAGCACAUUGAUUUGGGAAUAAAAUACGACCCCAGCAUUGGUAUCUACGGCUUGGACUUUUAUGUGGUUCUGGGCAGACCCGGCUUCAGCAUUGCCGACAAGAAGCGCCGAACUGGCAGCAUCGGGGCCAAGCACCGAAUCAGCAAGGAGGAAGCCAUGCGCUGGUUUCAGCAGAAGUAUGACGGCAUCAUUCUUCCUGGUAAAUGAACUGCAUCCAGUAUGGAAAAAAGCUAAUAAAUUUUUCACUGUUGGAUAUUU